AUGUUUUGUGAUGACCGAUGCCUCGAUAACCCAUAUGAGGAUGACCUGGUCACAAAUAUCGGCAGAUUCGAUAUCCUUGAAGUGUUUACAAAGAUCUCAUGGCUCCUUUCCCGAUACGUGGAGUUACAGCUGUUUCGGUAUCUUCAGAAUGCUGCAAACAAUGCUAGCGACGACAUUUACGAGCAGAGGAGUUUCAUUUACAGUGCUCUGUACUUGUUGGGUCACAGCUUUCUUACUUCAUCGACUAAGAUUUCAGGACCAGAUCCUAUUGAAGAAAUGUUCAAGAGCUCUAUCAAGGACCACUCGGACCGAGAACGGCGCGUCCGCCUUGCAUUAUGGAUUUACGUCUCCAUUACUGUUGGGCAGCUUCGCUCUGGGGCAGACUUUUGGGGGAAUCUACCCAACGAGCUCAAGGCCUUUCGUGGAGGUCUCCCAAAGAAGUUUCGAGAGAGCUUCGACGAAUUUAACAACAGUCUACACAUGAAUAUGAAGAUUGAACAGGGCACCAAGGCAAGAUUCUUACAGCAGCUCCACUCUGGCCAGCGAACCCAGGAACCUAAAGAAGGACCUGCACCGCCCUCGGACAUUGAUCACGAUCGCUUCCUCUGGCAAAUUCCUACGCCUCAAGAGGCUCUUACAAAAGAAUGGCUCCUGGUUACGACAGGUCUGUGGACAGCUCAACGGACUGGCGCAAGCAAUGAAACAGAUAGGUCAUGCACUUGA